GAAUUUGUUUCUCCGCUGCGCCGACGUCAGCAGCGCGGGGCGCCCGGCAGCCAAUAACGGGGCUCGUCUCGCCCCGCCGCGCCCGCCCGCGCCGCCGCCAUGGAGCCGGCGGCCACCAGCAUCCAGGUGCUGCUGCAGGCGGCCGAGUUCCUGGAGCGGCGGGAGCGCGGGGCCGCCGGUUCCCGGUACCCGCCGGGCCUAGCCGAGGCCGAGCACGGUUAUGCCUCGCUCUGCCCCGCGCGGUCCCGCCGGGCUGCGGGCAGCCUCAGGUCGGUGCACAACGCGCUGGAGAAGCACAGGAGAGCUCAGCUCCGGCACUGCCUAGAGCGGCUGAAGCAACAGGUGCCGGUGGGCGCGGGACCGGCCCGUCCCACCACCCUAAGCCUCCUGCACCGCGCCCGGCUUCACAUCCAGAGGCUAGAAGAGCAGGAGCUGAGGGCACGGAGGGCCAAGGACCAGCUGCGUAACCGGCAGCGGAGCCUGCAGCAGCGGCUGGAACGGCUGCUGUCACCUGCCAGCGGGGAACGGGUGCGGGCUGACAGCUUGGACUCAUCCCAGCUCUCAGAGCCCUCCGAGGGAGAGGAUGCAGAGAUAGAAGUGGACGGCACGGUAUUUGGCGGGGAUCUGCUACCCGUCUUUGGCACCAGGAGGGACCACAGCUACUCCAGCCCCCGCGGCCCCAUGUCUUGACGGCACCCGCUGCCUUCCCUGUGCUGCCUGCCUGCCUCCUCCCUGCCUGCCGCUGGAAAUGCAGCCUCCACCAGCCUCGUCAGGGCUGCCCCCAGUAAGGGGCCACGGGUCAGGGCGAGAACCUGGCUUGGCCCCUGUGCUGCCAGGCCGCUGAGCAGCACCAGCGAUGGCACUGGGUGUAUGGGGCUGGCCUGACACUGUGGCACCUGCUGUGGACUGCAAUGCAUGGCAAGAGGGUCUGGCCGUCGUGGGGACACCCUCCUGCACCCCCCAGCAGGCUGGGGGCUGCCUGGCAGCAGCGCUGCCCCCAGCAGACAUGGCUACAGGAAGGCUCUGCUGCCCCUGGAGAGUCAGGAAGGGGAAACGAAUGCAUUAAGCAACCUGCCUUCACGCUCCCGCAGCUGUCCCCUCUCUUGUACAUACCCAACACUAUUCUAGUAAAGGCACUUGGUAAAA